AUGGAGUCCAGUUCCAGCAGCGUACCAGGCCUUGCGCCAGCAAACUCUGUUGCGGAGCGAACACAGAAGCUGCUCAAGGAGAUGGAAACUCGAUACAAAGAUACUGGGUCGCGUGCGAACGUGGUUAUCAUUCUGGGGCGAAGCGGUAGUGGAAAGUCUUCUGCUUCAGAGGAUCUCUCUGGCUCAGAUGGUCACUCGCAACAGUCGAUCGACUCUAUCACUCAAAGGGUUCAGAUUGUCAAGGCGGUAAUUGAUAAGAAGGACUUCUUCGUCAUGGACACGCCGGGCUUUGAUCCUGGGAGCGAGCAGAAGGUCUUCCUCGAGAUCGUUCGUGGUAUCCGUACUAUCGGCCCGUUCGCCCAGAUUAUCGGCCUGCUGUACCUGACAUGCAUCAACCAACCGCGCUUUGAUCAAUUCGACCGAAAGUUGGUCCGCUUCAUCCGUGCCUUUUGCGGAGACGAGUAUCUUCCUCGCAUUACUUUUGUUACCACUUUCUGGACCGCAGCAGGCCCAAGGCAGCAAACUACGUUCAACCAACAGCUGGAGUUUCUUCGCCGCAAUUGGCAGAAAGCAUUCGAUGGUCAAGAACCAAUCUUGUACCAACAUGGACGAGAGUACAAUCUUGAUGGGCAGGAUACAGGACGCUUUGUCGACUGGUUUGAGAACCGCGUCCAAAUCGCCCAGUACGGCAAAGAGAUGAUCGUUCGCCGCUAUGGGGAAAGAGGCACUCCAGAAACUUGCACCGCCUCUCCAAGAAUUGUUCAUGAGCUGAACGCCAAUACUCCCAUCCAUGAUACGCAGGCUGGAAGGCUGCUCGGAAUGCCUUCGGCCUCGGCGUCAUCGUCCGUCCCGAGUCCAGGUUCUGAAGAAGAGUCAACAAGACGGACUUCCUCAGCUUCCCACAGCUCGGAUCGGCCAUCUACUGACGAAGGACGACGACCGUCGGGACCUCAACUCAGUACAGGUAGCGAUCCUCGAACGGAAUCACAGCAGCACCAAGGCUCUUCAGUGGACUGGUCCCAAGUAGCUGCAGACGUGAUUGGGUGGAUUUCACGCAAUGUGGAAUUUAAUGUCCAUUCGGGUGGCGGUCGAAGGCAUGAACAUCCCUUGAACGGUGCAACGGCAUACAACGGCCCGCUAGAUAUGAAUUCUCCUGUUGACUUCUUGAAGAUGAUGGGUGAGGAUUCGAGUUGGGAGGCCAGGUGGGACUAUGGUGUCAAACAUGGUAUCAAAGGCGUCCCUGGGUCCUUAGAAUGGGGCGAGGCAAUGCUCGAGCACCUCCGGCGGAAUUACGGGUAA